AUUGUCAACCAGCUUUAUAUAAAGGGCAUCACUUCGGCCUAAACCAACCAAAGUUCGUUACAUCAAGACUGAAUGCUAACUGUAGCGCUAACGUACCGGUAAAGAUUUCCAAUAUGAAGGCUCUGAGUGGACUCGCUGUUUGUACCUUGAUGGUAAUCGGGAUACACUUUGCCGCAUCUUGUUCUAUAGCUAGUAACUGGCGUCCACAAGACUUCGUCACCCGAAUGGAGACAGCUGAAAUUGCAUUCAAGGGUAGAGUUAUCCACAUGCCACAAACACCACCAUCCCAUGGGCUGUAUACGGUCAAGUUUGAAGUCGACUGUGUCUACAAAACGUCUCUACCGAUCACGAAAGAAGUAAACGUGUCCAGGUUCGGAUAUGUAGGAGGGCUUUGUGUCUCUACAAUGGUUACCGAAGGGGAAUCCUACAUAGUGUUAGCAAGAGCCCCUUAUGCUGCAGGAGAAAGCAUGAUGAUCCAUGAGGUUAACGUACAACCCGCUGCUGAAACUGCUGCACCAAAUCUCAUCGCCAGUGUGCAAAAUGUACAUUCUUGCCAAAAACCUGAAUAACAAUCUGUUGGGUUUGCAUUAAACCCUUAAAGGCACUGGACACGUUGGUUACUCUUAGCAUAAAACCUUACUUGGGAACGAGCAAAGGAGAGCUAAUG